GAAUCUCAUCUUCUUCACUUACCCACAAUGGCUGCAUUAACUAAGUUAUAUAUUCUGUCUCUCUUUAUUUCCUUCUCUCUAGUCCGUGCUCAAACACCUUCAAAAUCUUCCUCAAAUCCCAGAGCACUAGUCCUCCCAAUUACAAAGGACUCCUAUACUCUCCAAUAUUUAACCAGACUCAAUUUGGGAACACCUCCCGUUCCGAGAAACCUAGUUGUCGACCUUGGGGGCCAGCAUUUAUGGAUUGAUUGCGAUACUGGAUAUCAGUCAUCCACUUACAGACCAGGCUACUGUGGCUCUGCAUCAUGUUCUUUGGCUAAAGCUGCUUGCGUUAGCAUAUGCCCCAAUCCUCGUGGGCCUGGUUGCAACAACAAUACUUGCAAAGUCUUGGCCAGAAACAGUGUCUUUGGAGGUGGUAUAUUCCCUGAAGUUUCCCUUGAUGUAAUUUCUCUCCAAUCCACAGAUGGCUCCGAGGCUGGGCCGCCUGUUUCUGUUUCUGAUUUCAUCUUCGGUUGUGCUAAUACUUGGGAUUUAAUUGAUCUUGCUAAUGCUGCAAAUGGAAUGAUUGGCCUUGGAAAGGAAAGAGUUGCCUUUCCAUCACAGCUUUCAUCAGUAUUCGGUGGAAGUUUCCGUCGAAAAUUCGCUAUCUGUUUGCCUUCUAAUUCCAAGUUCAAUGGCGUACUGUUCUUUGGGGACUCUCCUUAUCAUUUCUAUCCAGGCUACAAUACAUCAAAACUCAUUGACAUAUCAUCAAGAUUCACGUACACCAAACUUCAUACCAAUUACGAAAGAACAGCUUCGCCAAGGUUGCAAGGAGCACAAGUGCCAGAGUACUUUGUCAAGAUUACAUCUGUCCUAGUAAACGAUAAACCCAUUCCAAUUAACACAACAUUGCUCGACUUCCACAGGACAGGUAUUGGUGGUUCAAGAAUAAGCACAGUAAAGCCUUAUACUAUUCUUGAAGGAUCUAUCUAUGAUUCUCUUGUUAAGGCCUUUGAUAAGGAGAUCGCAACAUGGAAAGUCAAAAAAGCUGCAGCUGUGACGCCCUUUAAGGAUUGCUAUAGUAAAGGACACUUGGCAAUGACACCUCUUGGGCUUACUGUUCCUGACAUUAGUUUUGUUUUUGAGAACAAGCACGUUAGGUGGAAUAUUUAUGGAGCUAAUUCAAUGGUGGAGAUAAGCAAUGAUGUGGUGUGCCUAGGGUUUUUGAGGGGAGUUAAUGAGACGUGGACAACAACAUCAAUAGAUAUGGGAGCACAUCAAAUGCAAGACAAUUUUCUUCAGUUUGAUCUUGCUGCUUCUAAAAUGGCAUUUACUAACACACUUCUGUUAGAAGAUGUUGAAUGCUCCAACUUCAAAUUCUGAACAAGCUUAUUCCUACCUAGAUUUUUGUAUUUCCUUUUUUUACUAAUUUUUAGCCCUGAUUUAAAGUUACUGCUUUUAUUAUUUAAUGUAAGAAAAAUGAUAAAUAUCCGUUCAAUUCAAAGUGCGAGCUUUUCUGCCAA